AUGAGGUCAAUUGAUGCUGCGAGACGUUCGGGAGCGCUGGUGAGGGUAACGCUGCCGCCGACCUACGAGACCCUCUACAACAAGUAUGCCGAGGUGCGACGGGUUCUCGGGGCCCAGCGCCUCACCCUGGCCGAGAAGAUCCUCUACUCCCACCUCGACAAGCCCGAAGAGAACCUCCUCUCCAACACCAAUGGCGGGCGCGACAUCCGCGGCCGCGCCAAUCUGCAGCUCAAGCCGGACCGUGUUAACAUGCAGGACGCCUCCGCCCAGAUGGCCCUGCUGCAGUUCAUGGCGUGCGACCUGCCGCGGACCGCGAUCCCGGCCUCCAUCCACUGUGACCACCUGAUCGUCGGCGAGCGCGGCGCCGACAAGGACCUGGAGGAAGGGCUGAGCGCCAACCGCGAGGUCUUUGACUUCCUCGAGAGCGCUGGCAAGAAGUACGGCGUCGACUUUUGGCCUCCUGGCGCCGGUAUCAUCCACCAGACUGUGCUCGAGAACUACGCCCGCCCGGGCCUUAUGAUGCUGGGCACCGACAGCCACACGCCCAACGCCGGUGGACUAUGCACAAUUGCUAUCGGUGUCGGUGGUGCCGACGCAGUGGAGGCCCUCGUCGGCGCUCCGUGGGAGCUUAAGGCCCCGAAGGUGCUGGGUGUCAGGUUGACGGGCAAGCUGAACGACUGGGUUGCCCCGAAGGACGUGAUCCUGCACCUGGCCGGCAAGCUGACCGUGAGAGGCGGGACGGGUUUCGUUAUUGAAUACUUGUACUGUCCUGGUGUCGAGACCCUGAGUCUUACCGGCAUGGCGACUAUCUGCAAUAUGGGUGCCGAAGUGGGUGCGACGACGUCGAUUUUCCCGUUCACGGAAGCCUCAGCACGAUAUCUGGAGGCCACGAGGAGAGGGGACCUGGCGAGCGCUGCCAAGAUCUUCCAGAACUUCCCUGGCGUAGGCAACUCGGACGACGCAUACUUCAGGUUCAAGGCGGAUGAGGGCGCCGAGUACGACCAGCUGAUCGAGAUCAACCUGUCCGAGCUUGAACCACACAUCAACGGACCACACACCCCCGACCUGUCAACACCAUUGUCGCAGUUCAAGAAGACGGUGCAGGAAGAGAACUGGCCAGAGAAAGUCUCGGCAGGAUUAAUAGGAAGCUGCACAAACAGCUCGUACGAAGACAUGACGCGCGUGGAGAGCAUCGUCAAGGCUGCAGAGGCAGCGGGACUCAAGCCAGCCACAGACUUCUACGUCACACCUGGUAGCGAGCAGAUCCGGGCGACUCUUGAGCGCGAUGGUGUCCUCGAUACUUUUACAGAUGCAGGCGGCAUCGUGCUCUCGAAUGCGUGCGGGCCGUGCAUUGGGCAGUGGAAGCGGCGCGACGGCGUCGAGAAGGGAACGCCGAAUGCCAUCUUCACCUCGUAUAACCGCAACUUCCGUGGCCGCAACGACGGCAACCUCGAGACGAUGAACUUCCUCGCGAGCCCCGAGAUCGUGACCGCUAUGGCUUUCGCCGGGUCGACGACGUUCAAUCCCAUAACGGACACGCUCCCGACGCCCGAUGGCAAGGACUUCCGUUUCCCGGCGCCCAAGGGCGUGGAGGACCCCAAGACCCCCUUCGAGUUCGGCAACGAGACCUUCAAGGUUGCGAGCCAGGAACCUGACGCUAGUGUCCAGGUGGCCAUUUCUCCCGACUCCCAGCGUCUAGCUCUGCUGGACCCCUUCGAUCCUUUCCCAACAUCCGACCUGACCGGCCUCCGUGUGCUCGUCAAGGUCAAGGGCAAGUGCACGACCGACACCAUCUCGGCUGCGGGGCCUUGGCUCAAGUACAAGGGCCACCUGCCCAACAUCGCCACCAACACACUCAACACGGCUGUCAACGCCGCGACCGGCGAGGUCAACGCUGCGUACGAUCUUGAUGGGUCGCGCAGCACGAUCCCAGAGCUCAUGCGCAAGUGGAAGGAGGCCCAGCGGCCCUGGCUUGUCCUGGCCGAGCACAACUACGGUGAGGGCUCGGCCCGUGAGCAUGCUGCUCUGCAGCCACGGUACCUAGGCGCCCGCAUCAUCGUGUGCAAGAGCUUCGCGCGCAUCCACGAGACGAACCUCAAGAAGCAGGGCGUCGUCCCACUGACUCUCGAGAAUGAGGCCGACUAUGACAGGAUCGACGCGCUGGACGAGGUCGACACUAUUGGUCUGUACGAGAUGCUGCUGAAUAAGGGCCAGGGCGAGGUUCGGCUGAGGGUGCGCAAGAACGGAAGCGGGGAGACCUUUGAGGUGCCUGUAAAACAUGCCGUUAGCCGCGACCAGGCGGGUUUCAUUCUUGCGGGCAGUGCCCUGAAUCUGCUGUCGAAGGGUAUAUAAGAAGAGGGAAGUUGUAGAAAGAACGAAACAGGCAAGAGCUAAGAAGGAGUGGGAAAAUGAACAGGAGAGAAACGGUCCUAGAAAAGAAAGACAUCCCUUUUGGGAGGGGGGGACUGGGCGGUAUACUCAUGUUGAUCAAAAAUUGGCCAGUCUGCGGCAUGUAAAAUGGGAGACAGGGCGUAAAUUAUAUUAGGUCUGAAAGGUCAAAAAGCUCGGCGUUGGUCGAUCCAAUUCAUUCUCAUGUGUAUUCAACACACUG